AUGACCAAUCAAACACAACGGCCGGGAACAAUGCGUCAGGCGACUGCGUCUAUUGUUGCUGCACAUGAGUGGAUACGUUUCACAGAAGAUCGAAUUUUAUCGCUUCGCAUCAGCAGCGAUCAUCUCGAUGAUCGUCUUUUCUCAAUUCUGUCGAAACUCACCCGUGUCGAUUUGCUGAUGACAGCGUCACCAAGCAAUGCACCGGAUAUCACUUAUUUGAUUACAAUGAAUAAAUUAAAAUCAUUCUCGAUUCGUUUUUCUCCGACCAAUCGACCUAAAAGAAUUCCAAAACUGACGUCAUUUAUCUGGCAUUCGGAUUGUUCUGUAGAACACUUUUCUACUUGGAAUUCAUUCGUAUUGGUCAAAAAAUAUCUGUUUCCAACGUCAUCAUGCUCUUUGAUGAUCAAUAAACACAUCACUCGUCUGUCACUCGACUUAAGUCAUCUUGGUCUUGCACUUGCGUUAAUACCAUACGUACCUGCCCUUGAACACUUCGAGAUUCGUCUAUAUGAUAUACGUCUACAAUAUUCAACGAUGACGUCGGAAUUUCUACAAGAACGAACGUGGAGCGCGAAAGUCAAAUCGUUACAUGUGAUUGCUUAUGAUCAACUAGUGAAUACGAAAAGCUUUUGCGGGUUUGUGAAGUUGUUCGCUUGCUCACUUGAGCAUUUAUCAUUCUACAUUGGUACACAACAGUGUUAUCUCAUGGUUGGACGACGUUCAUUUGAGCGACAUCUUCUCUCUCAUUUACCAAGUUUGAAACAGCUUAAUUUCUGUGUCCACAGUGGAUUGAUGAAUUCAGACGACGAUCGUCGUCAAACAUUUGACAGCUGGACAAAAACACAAGUCAUUUCAAUUUUUCACAGACGCCAAAGUCAUACACGAUUCACACUACCAUUUGUCUUUGAUCGGGUAGAACACGUUUGCAAUGGUUUUGUCGAGUUUCAUUCGAAUAUUCACUCGAUUGAUUUUGUUUUGUUACUUCCAUCCGUGCGUAUCAUUUCUUUCGCUUCUUAUGGGAGAUUGACUCUCGCUCUUUUUACACUCAUACGUCAAGCAUGUCCUCAUCUUCGUCGUAUUCACUUUAAAAAAUUUUGUAAUCUAGACGAUGAUCUUAUUCGAGAUACUCAAUUAUCAUUAACAACAGUCACUGAACUCUGUCUUGACGAUGUCACUUUGGUAAUGAAAUUCGUCGCCUCCUAUCGUCUUGUUUGCUUGAUUCCUAAUCUUCAACACCUGACAAUCGAGAGACGUCAUCUUGCAAUGAUCGCCGCUAACAAUGAUCAAAACAAUAUGUUCAAACACACUCGCCAAGUGAUUAUAGUCGAAAAUCAAUCUCAAUCAAACAAAAUUCAAGACAAUAUCGACCAAAAUAUCAUUCACAAAAUCUUUCCUCAAGCGAUUGUCACUUAUCGAACAAUAGAAUUUAUCAAUGUCUUAUAA